AUGGCUUUCGUUUUUCAACCGCCGGUCACGCCCAACCACCCAAGGCAGUCGAACAGUGCCCAGGGCCAUGGGCCUCAACGACCACACCUCGCCAUCCCUAUCGCAGACCACGACCACCUCGAUGCGUCGCUGACCGACCUCAUCUCGACAAAACUCGAGGAAAUGUUCGCCCACACAUGUUUCCACCACUAUUCUGGAAUGAUCCAAGAUAUGUUCGAAGCCGACCACCAGCAUUGGGUCAUACUACGGUUCCUUCGGCUGCAGUCCGAGUGCGCCCUCUUCCGAAGGAACCAUACAAGUAUCUACUACAACCCUCCACCGGAUCUGUUCGCGUUGGUCGCGCAGAUCCGGGAGGACAAGAGUUGGCAAGCCAAGAGGCUGGAGGUGCUUACAUUGGUGAGCAAUGUUCGACGCAUGUCAGGAUCUUCUUGGCCCGAUUCUCGAGGUUCGGGGCUCAGUCCAUACCACGCCACCCAUCUUACACCUGCCACUGGUUCUGUGCCCUCAGCAUCGAGAGAAGGCCAGACCUUGGUUCCCCCGGGCAUUCAAUAUGGUCGCAUUGGAUCCGGAUAUCAAUCCUCGAACCAGGGCGUCGGCUCCUCCGUUGCCGCAGGGAGUCCUACUCCCACUGAAGGCCACGCCUCUGUGGGCAACGCGGGCCGUACAGCUCCAAAGGGCCACCUCUUCUAUUGCCCUUCCAAGAACUGCCGCAGAAGCUAUGGUGGCCAGGGUUACACACGUCAAGGACAUUAUGACAACCACAUGAGGAUGCACCACGCCGAAUGGCCAACUCAUGAUCCUUCAACUUCAUUGCGCGAGAUACCUAGUCACGAACAUCCUGUGGCGAACAAUUCGCAUGAGCAUACGGGCUCUCGAACAGCAGCGGAAGUGAUAUGGCCUACAACACCCCAGCCGCAGCCGCAGCCGCUAUUUACAGCUUCGACGCCGCACACGCCUCUCCAUCCUGUUGUUGAGCCAGGAAAUGGGCGUCCCUCAACUCCCAACCCAGAUACCGUGCUUCCGGACAUACUAGCAUUCGGCACCGAAACCGAAAUAACCCGUUAUCCGCACAAGUCCUUCCCAUCCCUAUUUGCGACUGACACUGUUGGCUCGUCUCAGACGGACUGGGAUUUCGGAAAUUACUUCCCACCACUGAGUCAGACCUUCUCGAAUUCGAAUCAGUCAUUCCAAUCUACAGAUUCUUACAUGCAAGACCAAUGA